ACUUUAUCUGUGCAAGUUGAUUGUGAAAUACUGUAUAUUCAAAACUGACCGCAUGGUGGCAGAAUUGUUUUGACAUAAUUGCUUCAAUUGACUGGCCCGGGGAGUGUAAGCAUUGAAAGCAUUGUGACUUAAAGUGGGAAGUCGGAGGGAGUCAGUGAACGCAUCGUCAGGCUGGUCAAACUGGCCCAACACGGCCAGGUGAGUUUCACGGCGGCACCCGGCUUAUCACCGGAGUCUGAGAUCAUUUUUUUCCUCCCGCUGAUUAACCCAGUCAACCCGGAGUUCAUCUUAAUGUCUGACCUGAGAGCGAUGUAAGAACGUCGGAGAACAAAAGGAGGGUAACGCACAGGAUGUUGCACCUGUUUGACCGACAAUAACAGACGAACUUAUCAGCAGUGAGCAAAGAGUCCAGGUCCCAAUGUCUUCAGGAGGAGUCGGCUCUGUCACCAGGUUUGACCCGGUGCGGGAGAUCCCACACAAUGAAAACAAGGGCUCCUUAGGGUGGGACCUGAAUUUCCCUCCGCCCCCAGCAUCUUUGCAAGGAACAGCUCUGGCUGUCAGCUUAGACCCCCUCCCCCCUCCCCCUCUACCUGAACAGCCAGCUGUUGGGCCUGAAUCGUUCUACCACCCCAGCGAUGAUAAGCCAAUGGAGGAUGACUGUGCUACCAUGGACAUUAAGCCGGUGCACCGCUUCAUCCCCAACUCUAUCAAGAACUUCUUCCAUGGCAACAGCAGUAACCGAGGGAGCAAGGGUUGGUCCUCCCCCAAUCCUUUACCUUCCCCUCACUCCCCUGCCCCCUCAUCCAGGAAAAGUACCAACUGCAACACCACAGCAGGAGUCCCCUGCUCACCUCCUCACUCUGCCCCUCCAUCCCCAUCUCUUCCAGGCUCCUAUCGUGACCCCUAUGGCAGCUACACCACUGAGAAGGAGCGAGACAUGCUGCUGCUGGGUGCUGAAGCCUUUGACUCCACAUCUGCAGUGCCCACCAAUGUCUCAGCCCAGACCUACCAGGAGCGGGUGGAGGAGUACCACAUGCGCUAUGCCUACAUGAAGUCAUGGGCUGGCCUGCUGAGGAUCUUGGGCUGCGUGGAGCUGCUGCUGGGGGCUGCUGUGUUUGCCUGUGUCUGUGCUUAUGUUCAUAAGGACAAUGAGUGGUUCAACAUGUAUGGCUACUCUCAGCCACAGCUGUUUGGGGGACUUGGCGGAGGUGCCGGUGCAUAUGGAUCUGGAGGCGGUUCCUACACAGGCCCUAAGACACCUUUUGUUCUGGUGGUGGCUGGUCUUGCGUGGAUUGUGACUGUUAUUCUCGUCGUUCUUGGGAUGACCCUAUACUACAGAGCCAUCCUUUUAGACUCUUCUUGGUGGCCGCUCACAGAAUGUUCCUUAAACCUGGUCUUGGCAGUGCUUUACAUGGCAGCAGGGAUUAUGUAUGUGAGGGACACCACUCGAGGGGGGCUGUGUAACAUACCGGUCUUCAACAAUGGAAUAAACGGAGCAUUCUGUCGCACCGAGGCUGGUCAGACAGCAGCCAUCAUCUUCCUUUUCAUCACAAUGAUGCUCUACUUCAUCAGUGCAGGAGUGUGUCUUAAAAUGUGGAGGCAUGAAGCAGCCAGGAUAAGGGCGGAGGCGCUAUCACAGGAGAUGAAGACGACUGGAUCAUCAAUACCUUUGUCUAUACUAGGUCCCUCCUCCAGGGCUUCGGAGCAGACCCCUCUCCCCACCAUUCAGCCAGAUGUCAUGGAUGCUUCAAAUCAUUCUGCAGUUGCCGCUCCGGUGGUCCUGGAGCCAGAGAUCCUCCGAGGUCACAUACCAGCUGGACACAUCCCCAAACCUGUUGUUAUAGCCGACUAUGUGGCGAAGUACCCGAGCAUUCGCUCAGAGGAGGAGAGGGACCAGUACAAGGCUGUGUUCAAUGACCAGUACGCCGAGUACAAGGAAUUACAUGCUGAGGUUCAGGCAAUGGCAAAGAAGUUUGAAGAAAUGGAUGAGAUGAUGCAGAACCUUCCAUCCCGGCCCUCUAGCCAAAUGGAGAAGGAGCGGAUCGGUAGCAUUUUAAUGGAAUAUCAGAGGAAGAAAGCUGACCCGACAUAUCUGGAGAAAAGGGAGAGGUGUGAGUACCUGAAGAGCAAGCUCUCGCAUAUCAAACAGAAGAUUCAAGAGUACAACAACGCCACAAACUGAAACUCCAGCAACUCAAUGCUGCAGCUCAACACUGCCACCAACUCACCAGGAAUUGAUAUGUAGAAGCUGCCAGAAUCAUAUUAAAACAGGAGGACAUUCAAUCACUGUUGUAUGUAAAGUGACUUGACAGACAGAAAAAUCAUUAUCACAGGUAGAAACAUCAUCAGUAAAGAGAGUGGUAAAAAACAAAGGGAAUGCAUGGUUUACCAAAAAGAUGGUUUGUAAAAACAUGACUGGAAUGCAAACAGCCUGUAUGGAUCAGGCCUAACCUAAAUAGAUAGCUUAAGACGUUGUUCAUUUUAUUUACACACAGUCUGGCCUGGUGCACAUAACAUUUUAAUGGAAUCUUUUUUUUUUUAGUUUUUAGGAGCCAUUUGAGAUUAACAGGUGGUGAGUGUGUGCUGAGGCAUACUAUAAGAGAAGCUCCAUCACAAGAAGAGGCCAGAAACUUGGACGUAUUUUAAUGACAUGCACAUUUUCUAUCUAAUUUGAUAACAUUAGUUCACUAUAACAGUUAUUUUAUUGAUAAAAUUAAUUUAAUGGCAUUAAAUGUGCUCUCUUUACAUCGAAUGGAUGUAAUUAUUAUAAUCAGAUGAAAAACGUACACGUAAUUAAAACCAAACAAUAAAUGUUUUCAGGCUUCCUCAUUUUUUUUAGUGAACAUGACGCUUUUAUGUGCCUCAUUUCCUAUUCACUUUGCUGUGACUAUGAAAUACACCAUGACAACAUGAUCAGUAGGGAUGUAUAUUGAUAAGGAUUUAGUGAUCCUGAUGCUUUAUCGAUUCCUGCUUACCGAUGCGUUUUUUUUAAUCGAUUCUCUUAUCGAUUCGCAAAUAGGCUGAAAACCAAGUAGUACAUGAGUACAGAAAAGAAUACAACCU